UGCGGUCAAGGAGCAUAAGUUUCUGAGCUUUUGAUUCUAACGUCAAUUAACGCAUAAAAAAUAGCCGUCGUGAGAUUGUUGACCAUUUCAGGACAAGUUGCAAGGAGAGUGUAGAAACCUUCAGUUCCGCGAUGUCAAAUUUCAUUUACUCCAUGGUCUUUUUUUUUGGUAUCUUACAGAUCGGAAAUUAUGAGUGUGUAAUACCUAUGGAUUUGGCCAUUCUGGCUGAUAUAUCACAGAGUCUAAGAACAGAAGAUCUGCACCGACUGCGAGAUGCCAUUCAUGACGUAGUGGAGAGAGUGGGUGUGUCUGAAAGAAAAACUCGCGUCGCUGUUGUCACGUUUGGCGGGAACACCAGUGUCGUAAACAACUUUGCCAACAGCACUUACUAUAACGCAAACUACUUGAAGACACGUGUGACUGAGGCACUGCGUAGUAACUCGAGACGCGAGGGAACUCGUACAGAUUUGGCUCAACGCCAGGCAGCGACAAAGCUCUUUACUACUGAAGGUGGAGACAGACCCGAUGUCAGAAAUGUGAUGUUAAUCUUUACCGACGGAAAGUUUUACAUCAAGAAAACAUGGGAUAGACGACCUAAUAUUACACUAUUAAACACCACGAGAGAAUUGGAGAAAAAAGGUGUGAGAAUCAUUGUGGUUGGAAUUGGGCAAGAUGUGUCAGAAGAGAAGAUGAAAAAAGCGGCUGGUAGCAAAGGAAAGGUUAUAAUACACAACAGUUAUCAGGAAUUGAUUGAGAAACUUCAAAAGUUGAUCGAUGAAAUAUGCAUUCCAAGGGAUGGGGGCUACUCUGAUUGGUCAGAAUCUGAGUGCAGUGUGACGUGCGGAGGCGGAAUAAAGACUCUUACGAGGACCUGUACCAAUCCCCCACCAAUCAAUGGCGGGAGGGACUGCACCAGACUGGGACCUGCAUCGAAGAAUGUUCCUUGCAAUGAAUAUGCAUGCUCCAUAUGCCCCAUGGAUGUGGCGUUUAUCAUGGACUCUUCUGGAAGCAUAAAGCGAGCGGAAUUCUACGAGGAAAGACUCCUCGUCAAGAAGCUGGUGGAGCAGGUGACAGCAACUGGUAACCGGGAAGCUCUGAUUUUGUUCGGUUCAUCAGCGAGUGUAAAAGCUCAACUUGGACAGUACGAUACCGCUGAAAAGUACAUAGAAGUUGUACAAAAACUACGAAAGAAAAACGGAAGAACUCGAAUCGACAGGGCUCUAAAUGUGGCUGUUGAUGAGGUGUUCUCUUCUGCGAGACCCUAUGCAUAUAAGAUUGUCGUCGUUCUAAGUGAUGGCGUACAAUCCAGAGGAGCUAAAAGCUUGAGGGAGAGUUCCAGACCCCUUCGACAGGCAAACGUUCGUGUAUUAGCGGUGGGGAUUGGAACUGGUAUGGCGAAAAAUAGAUUGAGGCUAAUGACAGGAAGUGAUAACGAUGUUGUGGAUGUGAAAGAUAUUGAAGGAUAUCUGCAGGGUAUAAUGACCGAAAUUUAUCGAAAUCCUUGCGUGCGUAAGUAUCAACUUGUGAAGUUUUUACAGAGGAGGAGAAUAAGGUCUGAAAAUUAAUUCCCCAUACCGGUC